AUGAUUAAUAUACAAGGUCAGAAACUUAGUAAACGAAUUGUGAAUCAGCAUAAAAAAGCCGAAAAAUACUUAUAUGAUAAAACUGGUGUUAUUAUCGGAAAGUCAUAUUUUAAAAUAAAAAGAACUUAUAAACCAAAAAAAGCUCAAUAUAGAGGAUUAAACCAAAGUUAUAAAAAACUAAAUGAAGAUAAAGACUUAGAUGAGUAUGAAACAUUAGAUAUAUGCGAAGAAGUAAAUAAAUAUAACGAAUUAAAUAUAUGUGAAGAAUUAAAUGAAUAUAAUGAGGAAUUGGAUUAUGAAGCAUUAGAUGAAUUGAAAAAGAUAGAAUUAGAGCAAAAACAAAUAGUUAGUAUAGAUGAAUUAGUUCGAAAUAUCGAUGAACAACAAAAACAGUAUCAAAUGCAACAAGUUGUUUGGAUAGAAGAUGGUGGAGAAGAGCUUUGGGCACCUAGUCUAGAUUAUACUUUAAAUAAUAAAGAAUUUAUAGCAUUAACAAAAUUUUAUCAAGCAAAUUUAAAUCAACCUAUUGUCGAAGUAAGUUCUUAUUUUAUAUAA